AUGCAACAGUCGUUUGGGCCACCGGCUACCGUACUAGAGAUGGGGACCUUCAUGCACUCUUGCGAAGGAGAGAUGGUCUGCGAAUCGAUCAAUCCUAAGAUUCCAUAUUUCAACGCCCCGAUAUAUCUGGAGAACAAGACACCAGUUGGAAAAGUUGAUGAAGUCCUAGGCCCGAUCAACCAAGUAUACUUUACUAUAAAGCCUCAGGAGGGAAUCGUCCCUACAUCUUUCAAGGCCGGUGACAAGUUCUACAUCGGAGGAGACAAACUAUUACCAUUGGAGAAGUUCCUCCCCAAGCCCAAACCACCGCCAGGUGCACCAAAGCCAAAGAAGAUCGGAGGCGCAGGCCGUGGAGGAGCUGCGCGUGGUGGUAGAGGAGGAUUCUCCCGCGGUGGACGGGGCGGUGCUCCCCGGGGUCGUGGUGGUUUCUCCAGAGGCGGCGCGCGAGGUGGACGAGGUGGAAGCGGUGGAUUCUCCCGCGGAGGUGCUAGAGGAGGCUCACGAGGCGGAUUCCGUGGACGAGGCUAG